GUUCAGUAUCGCAAGGACACGCGUACGGGACCGCAGCGCACGGACCCCUGGCGUUAUAUACUUGUAUCAAGAAGUUUUGUGUGUUGGGACUUAGAUAAAUUUGGUCAGCUUGCUUUCCAGCCCAGACUUCGCGUCAAAUGGGGCCCGAGGCUGGACACCGGAAUCCGCCGCCGGUGUUCUGACUGACUAGUAAAAGUGAACGAAGGAAGUAUAUAUAUAUAUGAGUGAACAUAAGACAAGCGCCAAAGGUCAGCGUAAGAAGUGACGAACACAACCUGAGAAAUAACAUUAAAAAUAAAUGUGAUAUAGAAAAAAAAAGUGAAUUUAAAUAACGUCAAGAACUGAACGGAAUAAGAAAAAAAAAAAGAAAAGAAAAAAAUCAUGAAUUCCCGGUCUAUCUUCAGUCGGUUCCUGUCUCUAGGUGUGCUUUACAUCUUGGCUUUGGCUUCGGCUCGGGGUGAAAGAGGAGGCCGGGUACUCUUUCAGGAAGACGGAAUACCCAGCUCCUCCUCCUACUUAAAAUACAAGGGGACGUUACCGACCCUGACUGCUUUCACCCUGUGCUUCGCCGUUCGUCUGACGCAGUUCAGGGAGAAAAAUCCUGUCGUGUCCUAUGCCACAGAGGACGACCCAGAUGAGCUGUUUGUCAGUCUGAACCGAGAAUCAUUGGAGUUGCGAUGCUGCGGAGGCAACGUCAGCAUCGAAGCUGAUCUCCGCUACAGCUUUCCACGGACGGGGCACAACGCAGGGUGUUUGGCCGUGGACUUGGUGGCCGCGAACUGGACCAUGUACUGGGUAACGAGAUCUUUUGAUGGAUUUGAGCUGGCCGCGUCCACGCAGCAGUCGGACUCCGCCAGGGUAAGAGGUGGUGGGCAGCUGUUCCUCGGCCAGGACCAGGAUAUUCUUGGUGGAGGCUUCCGGCAGAGCGAGAGUUUGAGAGGGAGUCUCGCUGACUUUCGGCUUUACGAUGUCGUUCUUCCUCUCGUCGACAUGAGUAAUUUCGGCUGGUGCUACGAGACAGAUGACUCUCUCGUUCCUCUUGUCGAUUUCACUGACAUUGAGGGGGAUUUCGAUGUUAGCGAAGGCACGGUUGACGCUCCGAACCAGUGGGAGUGUAACGCCACGUAUUCCUUUGAAGUCAUCUUCCCUGUGCGCUUAACGUACAAAGAAGCAAAGAAUCUGUGCAAAGUGUCAGGAGGAACAGUUAAAGUGCCUGAAAGCGAAGAGGAAAAUUCAGCCCUGGUACGUGAAGCGGCCUUGUACGCGAGUGAGUGCGGAGCCAGCCACCAUUCCGACACACUAUGGUUAUCGGCCACCUCGGAGACACGAAACUUCUCCAAUUAUGUAGAAACAUCAAGCGAGGAGGGGCUGAAUUGCACGACCAUCAACACGGCCGGGAAAGAAACGGAUGUCUCUUCCUCAAAGUGGUUGCACAAGAGCUGCAAGGAAAAGCAUUGUGUACCUUGUCACUAUGAAUCCAUGGAGAAUACGAGGCUGCGCUUACGGGGACUAUGCCAGUAUUCUCUCCUAGACAAGGAUUACAUCUUAACAAGAAACGGCUCGCAAAUCAAAUUCCAAGGCCUCUAUUACUCUGAGAUCACUAUGUACGCUCCCACGACCACCGAGUAUGACGACUAUGGCUAUUGGAUCAUCACCAGCUUCCUGCAGGAGUCCCUCACGGCGACGCUCUAUCGAACUUCUCCUUCCCAUUUUCCCUUCGGCACCAACACCUGGCUCAUAGAAAACGACAACUGCGGACAGAGGAAGGCAGAGCUCAUGCUAACAAUCUGCUGGGAAAAAGAGUACAUGACGUGCCGCGAUGGGAUGUGCGUGCCUAUCGAAUGGCGUUGCGACAAGGAGAUCGACUGCUUCGACGGAUCCGACGAGGAAAACUGCAACAACGUUAUCGUGCCGAGUACUUACAACCCCAAUCAGUUCCCGCCGAGAGAGCCAUUCGUGCCCAUGAAAGUCCAGAUCUUCAUCGAGAUCUUGUCCAUCGGAGACAUCAACAUCGCCGGCUUCAAGUUCAGCUGCGAAAUCGAAGUCACGCUAACUUGGGAAGACAAGCGACUGAGCUUUCAGAACUUGCAGGAGUAUCCGUGGAAAAAUAAGGUCGAGUAUACUGUCUGGGAACCCAGCCUGGAGUACCUGAGCGACGCAAAGACCACAUCCGAAGUCGGGCUCAAAAACAAGGCUAUUCACGUUAUCAAUGUGAAUUCUACGGGACAGAAGGACGAAGAACUGUUGUAUGAAGACGUUGUAUUCACCGGGCAAAUCAAGCUGGAGAGACGCCAGAAGCUAACGCUGACGACAGACUGCCAAAUGCGUCUGUUUGCGUUUCCUUUUGAUAUACAGACGUGCCAGAUGGACGUCGUGGAAUUAUCACCGGUUGACGAGGGACUUGAAUUCUCAGGUGACCCGCUUCUGCUCCAAUACAGUGUUCAGUCGACGACCUUAAGUACUAUGACGUGGGACAACCGAAGCGGAGUCAGCGUGGAGUUGAUCUUCGCCAAUCUCUCCACUUACUUCAUCUCUUCCACUUACGUCCCGACCUUCAUUCUCCUUAUCGUCGGCUAUCUGACCUUCUUCUUCCCUCUGGACGACUUCAAUGACAGGAUCAUGGUCUGCCUCACAGCGCUGCUGGUGGAGGCCGCCUUCUUUACGCAGACCAGUGAAGAUAUUCCUUCAACGUCUGACCUCAAACUGGUGGAUAUUUGGUUCGUGUUCUGCAUCAUCGCCCUGUUCGUGAUCAUGGUCGCUCUUGUGGUCAUUAACAGGCUAUUGACAUCCACGGACGCCCCCAAGGAGACUGCCAAAGAGACCCCAAAGGAUGAGAAGCUCGUAUGCACCCUCCGAGUAGCGUGGACGGCGCCUCCCCAGCCCAAGAGGAGGAGCUGCCUCUUGGCCCAGACCGUGAACUCCGUCUGCAUCGCCGUCGUGCCCUUCCUGCUCGCUGUCUUCGUCGUCGGGUACUUCCUCUUUGCAGCCACCUUCAGGAAUCUGCGGGUGUACCACAAGGAAGCCUUCUGGGACCUCUGGCUUUUGCAGAUGACACCACCCUGUCGGACAGGGAAAAAAUGGCACCCCGUGAACGACACUGUAGCCCGAGCCACCUUGGUCUUUAGACUUUCGAAACGGAGACCUUGUACUGUACGAGGCCCAGGCACAGCCUUUGCUCCAGUAGUCACUUGGGGAGGCACCACAGCUAGUCAUCUUUACCCUCUACUCUCGUCAAGUUUCAAGAAAGCGGACAGACCACCUACAGCCCCCGCGUCAGAACCUGCUACAGCUCCAAUACAAGAACCCGAAGUGCCUUAG